GAACAUAUUAAUGGUUUAGUACACGUAGUGCCAGAGUGUAACCUGUGUAUGAAUUAGUGCAAGGUUCAAGAAAAUAUUGGAGUUUUAUCUUCACAAUAAAACAUGCAGGAAACUGUGUGGGCUCGUGACCAUACCGAAGGUUACGUCUUGGGUAGAAUCACAGAAAUCCUUGCAGAUGGAGCCGAAGUAAUACCUUUAAGUUCUAAAUUUCCUAAAAGGGUGCUUCCAUUCAAUGAAAUUUUCACUGCCAACCCAGAUAAGGACAAGGACUAUGAGGACAAUUGUGAAAUGAUGUAUCUGAAUGAAGGGACUUUACUCAACAAUAUACGUACUCGGUAUUAUGCUGACAAAAUAUAUUCAUACGUAGCCAACAUUUUGAUAGCAGUCAACCCUUACAAAGACAUUUCAUCUCUCUACUCACCUGAAACAAUCAAAACGUACAAAGGAAAAUCCCUCGGACAAAAACCUCCUCAUAUAUUUGCUAUAGCUGACAAAGCCUACCGUGACAUGUAUGUACUGAAACAAUCACAAUCUAUAAUAGUCAGUGGAGAAUCCGGAGCCGGAAAAACCGAAUCGACCAAGCAUCUGCUGAAGUUCCUCUGCGAUAACUGGGGAGCUGCAGUUGGCACUCUGGAGAAGAAAAUCCUUGAUGCCAAUCCGGUCUUGGAGGCGUUCGGAAACGCUAAAACUACCAGGAAUAAUAACAGUUCUAGGUUUGGAAAGUUCAUCGAACUCCAUUUCGAUGAUAAGUUCAAAGUGGCUGGAGGAUAUAUAUCCCACUAUCUCUUGGAAAAAUCCAGGAUUUGUUCUACCGAAGGAGACGAAAGAAGCUACCACAUAUUUUACAUGCUGAUGGCAGGGGCUCCGGAAGGGUUGAGGAAUCAGCUGAGCUUGACGCAACCAGACGACUUCAAUUAUUUGAAAAUGGGCUGUACAAAAUACUUCGCUUCGAAUGCAAAUGAAAAAAAACUAAAUCCUGCACAGAAAAGUGCUGCCCACAAAAAAGGUGGACCACUGAGGGAUAUAAUUCUUGAUGACCUAGAUGGCUUCACUGAAUUGGAUCAAGCAUUAGUCCGCUUGGGUAUGACUGACACUGAAAGACUGCAAAUCUACACAACUGUGGCAGCUGUCCUCCAUCUUGGCAACAUUGAAUUCGAAGAAAACCCAGAAGAUACCAGGGGUGGCUGUAGAGUGGUUGCUUCCAGAGAAAAAUCACUCUUGAUCGCUUCCAAGUUGCUCGAAAUUGAUCCAAGUGAACUGAAGCAAGCUUUGGUAUCGAGGGUUAUGCAGAGCAGCAGAGGAGGGGUUAAAGGCACUGUUAUAAUGGUGCCUUUGAAGAAAUACGAAGCCAAUAACGCUAGAGAUGCCCUUGCCAAAGCUGUAUAUAGCAACCUCUUUGAUUAUAUUGUUAACCGUAUCAAUAAGAGCAUACCAUUCCAGUCUUCUAGUUACUAUAUUGGUGUAUUGGAUAUCGCUGGUUUUGAAUUCUUCACCGUUAAUAGUUUCGAACAGUUCUGCAUCAAUUACUGCAAUGAAAAACUCCAACAAUUUUUUAACGAUAGAAUUCUCAAAUCCGAACAAGAACUGUACCAAAAGGAAGGCCUGAAUAUACCAGAAAUCAAAUUUGUUGAUAAUCAAGACUGCAUCGAUCUCAUUGAAACCAAAAAUAAGGGCAUUUUAACUCUACUCGAUGAAGAGUCUAAACUCCCCAAACCAUCCCCAGCUCAUUUCACUGAAGAAGUUCACAAGAUUUGGUCCAAGGAAUAUAGGCUAGGUUUACCCCGUUCUUCCAAGUUGAAGGCACAUAGAAGCCUUAGGGAGAGUGAAGGAUUUUUGAUCAGACAUUUUGCUGGGGCUGUUUGUUACCAAACGAAAUAUUUCAUCGACAAAAAUAACGAUGCACUUCAUGCAUCUCUGGAAGGAAUCAUUCAAGAGAGUAAAAUCAAGUUCAUUCAAAAUUUGUUUUCCACGUCUAAUACAUUGAAGGGCAAACUUGGUUUUACAAGUGUCAGUAACAAAUUCAAAAUUCAGUUGGGGGAACUGAUGGAGAAACUGAGAAGUAACGGUACAAACUUUAUACGUUGCAUCAAGCCUAACAAUAAAAUGGUGGACCAGCAGUUCGAUGGUAAUUUGAGUUUGAUGCAACUGAAAUGUUCCGGUAUGACAAAUGUGUUGGAGCUAAUGGAAUAUGGUUAUCCGAGCAGAACUUCUUUUGCUGAAUUGCAUUCCAUGUACAAAGAUUAUCUUCCAAAAGAGUUGAAGAUGUUGGGCCCUAGAAUGUUUUGCGAGGCGAUGCUGCAUAGUUUGAAACUUAGAGAGAGAGACUUCAAAUUUGGAGUGACGAAAGUAUUCUUUAGACCAGGAAAGUUUGCAGAAUUCGAUAAAAUAAUGAAGUCGGAUCCAGAAAACCUGCAGUCCAUUGUAACCAAUAUAAAGCGGUGGCUGGUUUCAUCAAGAUGGAUCAAAGCACAGUUCUGUGCUUUAACUGUGAUAAAAAGUAAAUGGAGGCUUUAUUAUGUUGUUCAGUUAGUGAAAAAUCAAAUUGCUUGGAGGAGACAAAACCUCAUCAAAAUGCAAAAGGUCGUUAGAGGAUAUCUAGUUAGGAAGCGGCAUGGUAUCCGAAUUCAGACUUUGAGAAAUAUCAGAAAUUUGGACGGAAAUUUGAAGAAAAUAGAACAGAGUUCCAAACAGCUGAAGAAAGACAAAGAUAGUGUCGCCAAUGAAAUCAAUAAUUUGAAAACACAAUUUGCUGCUGCUGUUGAUAAGAUUAAGAGUGAUGAUAAAUUAGACAAAGCUUCAGUUGGAAACCUUUAUGUAAAGUUACUAGAGAAAGUGAAUUUGCAAAUGGCAGCUCUACAGAAAAAACUUCAAGAUCAGAAGAUCGCUGAAGAACAAGAGAGGUUGAGGAAGAUACAAGAAGAAAUGGAAAGACAGCGAAAACUCAAAGAAGAGGAAGAGCGUAGGUUGAAAGAGGAAGAGGAAAAUAGAAGACUAAAAGCCGAAAUGGAAGCAAGGAGGAAACGAGAAGAGGAAGAACGUUUGAAACAGGAAGAGGCAGACAGGAAAUUAGCCCUAGAUCUGCAGAAGCAACAUGAGAAAGAGGAACAAGAAGAACGUGUUUAUCAGCAGCAUCUUGAACAGGAAAAACAAGAUCGAGAGCUGGCUCUUCGUCUGGCUAAUGAGAGCAACGAUCAGAUUGAGGAAAGCCCACCAGUUGUUCGCAAUGGUGGAGUAGAAGUGGAAAAGCCCUUCAAAUUGAAAAGGUCAGAAGCGAUGAAAAAUCAGCAGGCAGCACUAGCUUCGAGCAAAUACGACCUUUCAAAAUGGAAAUACUCUGAGCUGCGAGAUACGAUCAAUACGUCAUGCGACAUCGAGCUUUUGGAAGCCUGCCGUCACGAGUUCCAUCGUCGCCUCAAGGUUUACCACGCUUGGAAGGCGAAGAACCGCAAGCGUACCGUGAUGGACGAAAACGAACGCGCUCCCAGAUCCGUCAUGGAAUCGGCAUCUAGGACUACUAAGAUGACGCAAAAGACCGUGCUGGAUAACAACAGCCAACGCUAUUUUCGUAUUCCGUUUCAGCGACCAGGGGGCGAUCCAAAUAGGAGGGGUUGGUGGUACGCACAUUUCGAUGGGCAGUAUGUGGCAAGACAGAUGGAACUGCAUCCUGACAAGCCUCCAAUUUUGUUGGUAGCCGGAAAAGACGAUAUGCAAAUGUGUGAGCUGUCCUUGGAAGAAACGGGACUGACUAGAAAACGCGGUGCAGAGAUUCUAGAAAAUGAAUUCAAUCGAGAAUGGGAAAGAAAUGCCGGGGCAGCAUAUGUUCGUCCAGCUGACAGAAAAUGAGCUUUCUGUUUUGCUUUAAAAAAAUUAUUAAGUAUUAUUCAAUUCGCUUUUAUUAAAAAAUCAACAGUAUUUAUUACAGGGAUUUUUCUGUGCUUCUAUAAACAGAAGUUAUGUUUGGAAUUGAUUACAAUGCAAUAUUAAAACCUUUUGUCAAA